AGCUGCACCUUUUUCUUGCAAUCUUCUCGCUCCGAAGCUGGUGUUCUUUCCAUUCUUAAGGCACUUCAGCAAUGAAGUUAUACGGCGAGGCGGUCGCAAUGCCCAUGGCUUCCAGCGGCAGCACCAGAUUAUUGCACCUUCGUAGGCCAUGGCCAUUCAGGAUCAAGCAAGAGCCUCUGACUGCGGGAGCUAGUGCCAUUUGCUGGGCGAGGAAGGGAAAGCUCAAGGAAUUUCGUGUGCAGGCAAGUGGCGGCAAUGGUAGUAAACAGGCGAGCGUGGACAGAGUCAACGGCAGGAAGGUGAAUGGAGCGGUGCAUGGCAGUGAGGCUUCUUUGUCUGCCGGUAACGGAACUGCAGUGCGCCAGGUCGAUGAUGGUGGUGAAGUCUCCAUGCAUGCUUACAGGCUUGGGAGGUUUGUGGAGGACAGAUUUGUUUACAGACAGACCUUUGUGAUCAGAUCUUACGAGAUUGGACCUGACGAAACUGCAACCAUGGAGACCCUUCUGAAUCUCCUACAGGAGACGGCACUGAAUCAUGUCAUGAGUUCCGGCCUAGCCAGUGACGGAUUUGGUGCGACACAUCAGAUGAGCCUUAGGAAACUGAUAUGGGUCGUUACGAGAAUCAACAUUCAAGUCGAGAAGUACAGCCGCUGGGGAGAUGUGGUCGAGAUUGACACCUGGGUAGCAGCAUCUGGGAAGAAUGGCAUGCGCAGAGACUGGAUGAUACGAGACUGCAGCACUGGAAAGAUCAUAACAAGAGCUACGAGCAACUGGGUGAUGAUGAACAGAGAAACAAGAAGGUUGUCUAAGUUACCGGAGCAGGUGAGGGAAGAGGUGAAACCGUUCUAUCUGGAAAGGAGAGUGUUUUUCAAUGGCAGCUGUGACAAUGAAAAGAUCGAGAAAUUGACUGAAGGCACUGCAGAGAACAUCAAGUCAGGUUUAGCACCAAGGUGGAGCGACAUGGACGUCAAUCAACAUGUAAACAAUGUGAAAUACAUAGGAUGGAUCAUGGAGAGCGUUCCCAUGAAUGUACUGGAAGACUAUCGUCUCACCAGCAUGACUCUCGAGUACCGCAGAGAAUGUCGACAGUCGAAUCUCCUCGAGUCCCUCACAAGCCUUAACGAAGGCGUGGAGAACCCUGUGAAUACAACGAGUUCAUACAGUGUCGAACUGCGAAGCACACACUUGCUUCGUCUGCAGGAGGAUAAAGCAGAGAUAGUGCGUGGCAGAGCAGAGUGGAAGCGCAAGUAGAACAUAUAAUUAACCGACCAUCGUCGAGAAAUUUAAUGUCUAGAUUGUCAGCACUGUGUUAUUCUUUUUCUCCUUUUGUUUUCUUUUUUUUCCUUCUUGCUGAACUCCUAUUCUUUGAGAUGUACAGCAGAAAAGGGAACGCUCAUACUAGAGUAAUAUACCAAAACGCAAUAAGAUGGGUCCGCAUAUUUCUUAUUUCUGA